GCUAUCAAAACGUUGGCCAGAGAAACCCACCAGGAGGUCUAGACUGUGGACUUACAGGAAGGGAUGGAGGGGAAGGAUGAAGGAUAUCCCAGGGCUGAAGUGACUCCACAACGCAAGCCAAGCAUUGCCACUCUACCACCUUCAAACAGUGAGAGCCCACUGUACCCACAACGUUAUGCGGAACAGUACGAAGCGAGGAGGUAUUUUGUAACAAGGCCAGGAGCGUUCGAUCAAGCCAUGGAGGACAUCAAGGCCCAUGUGAUGGCAGACAAGGGAGAGACAGCCCAUAGCUUCUGGCUGCUCACUAAGAUAGAUCACUGGAACGUUGAGAAGGAGCGGAUUGCGGUGAUCACAGACACCGCCCUCCUGGUCUGCAAAUAUGACUUCAUCACGCUCAAGUGCCUUGAGUUCCAGAGGGUUCCUCUGAGCUACAUUAAGCGGAUCUGCACAGGCCCCUUCGCUUCUCCAGAGAGGUCCUUGGACAGGAAGGAUGGAGAAGGCCUGAGGAUCUUCUGGGACAAACAGCAAGAGCCAAACUUCUUCUCCCACUGGAACCCCUGGUCCACCAAUAUUCCGUAUGCCACCUUCAUGGAGCACCCGGUCAAAAACGGCUGCCUGAGGCUUAGCCCCAUCUGUCAGGUCUCCGCCUUCAAGGCCCAGCUGGCACAAGCCGUGCAGAAUGCCCAGAGGAUGGAUCCUGUGCGGGGCAGCAGUGGCGGCGUGGCGGUGGUGAACGAGCCCAUCGUCAUCCAAACCUAUACCGGGCUGAUGGCUUUUUUUGAAAACAAAAAUAAGCUGGGGUAUUGCCUCGCUCGGGGCAGCAUUGGCUUCUGAACUGGGCCCUCUUCCUCCUGGGUUCCUUUUCUUAAAUUUCCCGCUCACAACAUCUGGUGGAACAAGAUACUGCAAGAGUGUGUUAAUCUCUGGUGCCCAAUAAUCAGGAGGAGUCUGGACGCACCGUUUCGGACCCUCAAACUUUAUUCAAAGGCAGACACUUGCAAGGGCAAGCCUGAGAGUCCGAAACGGCGCGUCCAGACUCCUCCUGAUUUAUAAAUAAGAGAAUGAUAAUAUUAUCAUAGACAAUGGUGCACCAAUUUUGCCUGGCAAAAUUCCCUUCUCAAAUUCUUGGACAGGCCUGGGGAAUGUGACCUUUCCAGAUGUUAAAGGAGUCUAAUACCCAUCCAAUCUAGCCAACUCGGCUACAGUCAGUCCUCAACUUAUGGCCACAAUUGGGACCGGAAAACUCCUUGUUAAGUGGUGUGGUCGUUAAGUGAGAUAUCAUGUGAUGAUGCCCGAUUUUACAACCUUUUUUGCCACAGUCAUUAAACAAAUCCAGCUUCUCCAUUGAAUUUGCUUGUUGGAAGCCAGCUGGGGAGGUCGCAAAUGGCGAUCACGUGACCCUGGGACACUGCAACCAUCAUAAAUACGGUACAUGCUGGUUGCCAAGCGCCCAAAUCAUGAUCACGUGACCAUGGGGAUGUGGCAACAGUCGUAAGUGUGAGGACCGGCCGCAAGUCACUUUUUUCAUUGCCAUCGUGACUUCAAACGGUCGCUAAAUAAAUGGUCAGAAGUCAGGGACUACCUGUAAUGGUCAGCAUGCUUGGAAUCAGAAUCUCAGCCUACCUGGGGUGCUUUUUAGCCCAGGUUCUCAGUGUAUGCAACGCGCCUCUUUGUUCACACCUGACACUUAAACAGCAACCUCAUGGCUGCAUUCACACAGCAGAGCCACUUACGUUUGCAUCAGCCUGGGUUGCUUUUUUAUGGUUUAGAGUUUGUGGAACACUCCCCAAGGCUGGUUAGCUUCUGGGCAUUGUGCCAACCCAGAAAUGGAUUCCUUAAUUAAGUUAUAAGUGUGUGUUAUGUGAAUGCAGCUUCUCUGGGCAUUUUGCUCACUAAAUCUCUUGAGCUAAUUCACUUUUCCCAACCAGAAUCUUCUGGAUAGGUUGGACGUCAGCUCCCCUCAAGCUUGCCGCUUGGCCAUUGCUCAGGAUGGUGGGAUUUGCCUUGUUGCUACAACUGGCUAGCCACUGAGGGUAAGCUAGAAAGCACCCAUUUAUUUAGAAAAAGCUGGUUAAAGGCUCACUUCUCCUUUUAUUGUGUUCUUCCUUAAAAUAAUAACUGUGGUGGUGGUGAUGAUGAUGACGACGAUAGUUCUUCAGUCCAGCUUUGGUUCAAAUUUGAACUGUUCCUGUCUUUGAAAUGUCCAUUUUCUUGACUUGCAAAAUCAAGAAGUCGAUUAAGUAUUUCUGCAAACAGGGAGGAAAGGAUUUGCUUUUUAAGCAAGGGAACUACUUUUACUUUUUCUCAUUACAAUAAAAUAACUAAUUUUCCAGUUCAACCUGA